UUUUCUUCUUCUUUUAAAAAAAAAAGUAUUGGAGCGUUAUUUUUUUUUCUGGGUAGAAAAUCCCAUAUAUCUCAAUUUGUUUUUUUUCUAGGUUCCCAAGCUGAGGAAAAGAAGAAUGUGCACACCGAAGAAACCAGUGAACUUGUGUUGGCAAAGGACAGAACGUUUAAGGCUCCAGAAAGCAAUGCAUUUGGCCAAUCCUUCAGGGAUUAUGAUAUUGAAAGUGAAAGACAAAAAGGUGUGGAAGAAUUCUAUAGAUUACAACACAUUAAUCAGACACAUGAUUUUGUAAAGAAAAUGAGGGAGCACUAUAAGAAAUUGGACAAAGCAGAAAUGAGUAUAUGGGAAUGUUGUGAGCUGCUUAAUGAAGUAGUGGAUGAUAGUGAUCCUGAUUUGGAUGAACCUCAAAUUCAACAUUUGUUGCAAACUGCAGAAGCCAUUAGAAAAGAUUAUCCUAACGAAGAUUGGUUACAUUUGACUGCUCUCAUCCAUGAUCUCGGAAAGAUUCUUCACCUUCCUCAAUUCGGUGAGCUUCCUCAAUGGGCUGUUGUUGAUAAGAACUUUUCUUAUUCUUUAUGA